AAUCAGUUUAACAAAGUGAAAAUGUUUCUCUUCGAGACUCACCGCUAUUUUGUUGCUGUUGGAAAAAGGAAAAAACUUCAACACCAGGCAGAAACGGCGACAUUAAUGUCACCCAACACGGACUGCUGACUAAAGGCGCUGCCCUGGACCAGCUGAGGGCCUGCAGCCCCCAGACCCCCGGCUAAAAUUUUCAGAUAAUUUCACCAGCCCCAAAUCACAUCCCUGGACCCCGCCCUCAGAAAAGUGUGAACCCCAGGUAAAGAGAUCAGACUCGCCAGAACCCAGCUGUGUCUCCAUGAAAAGUGAUGGGUCUAUGGAGAUUCCUCUGAAGUUUAAAAACCCCUCAUCUGAACACAGAACGCUCCAGGUAAAGAGAUCAGACUCACCAGAACCCAGCUGUGUCUCCAUGAAAAGUGAUUGGUCUAUGGAGCUUCCUCUGAAGUUUAAAAACCCCUCAUCUGAACACAGAAAGCUCCAGGUAAAGGGAUCAGACUCGCCAACACCCAGCUGUGUCUCCAUGAACGUCUGUGCAUCCUCCUUUGCGCUUUAACAUGGGAAACCACUCAUCUGUACACAGGUUGAGGGACCGUGGUGUCUCAGAUGAAGGCCCUGCUGCUGUUCCGCCGAUGGUAAACGCCCCAGGCGUAAUGGUGCUGGACAAUGCAAUGGAAGAUAAUGAAAAAGAGGAUAUCCUCUCUACUGUUGAGGAUGAUGAACGAGAGGGACCGAUUGAACCCCAGGUAAAGAGAUCAGACUCACCAACACCCAGCUGUGCCUCCAUGAAGAGUGAUUGGUCUAUGGAGAUUCCUUGGAAUUUUAAAAACCCCUCAUCUGAACACAGAAAGCUCCAGGUAGAGAGAUCAGACUCGCCAACAGCCAGCUGUGUCUCCAUGAAAAGUGAUGGGUCUAUGGACCUUCCUCUGAAGUUUAAAACCCCCUCAUCUGAACACAGAAAGCUCCAGGUAGAGAGAUCAGACUCGCCAACACCCAGCUGUGUCUCCAUGAAAAGUGAUGGGUCUAUGGAGAUUCCUCUGAAGUUUAAAACCCCCUCAUCUGAACACAGUGUUCUACAGAUGGCAGGUGACCGAAGAGAAAAGAUCAUCAUCACAGAUACGGGACACGCCCCAGAAUCUGCUGCUGGAAAUGAGGUCCAGAAAAAGCUCAAAUUAAAUCUGAAGUUUCAGUGUUUAAAUGAAGUGAUGAUAAAACAGGACAACCGAGCGCUCCUGAAUGAGAUCUACAUAGAACUCUGCAUCACCGAGGGAGACAGUGGAGACGUCAGUAAAGAGCAUGAGGUGAGACAGAUCGAGGCAAAGUCCAGGAGAAAAUCAACAGAGGAAACACCAAUCAAAUGCAAUGACCUCUUUAAGCCCUUAUCUGAAGAAGACGAACCCAUCAGAACUGUACUGACAAAGGGAGUGGCUGGUAUCGGAAAAACAGUCUCUGUGCAGAAGUUCAUUGUGGACUGGGCUGAAGGGAAAGCAAAUCAGGACGUCCACUUCAUAUUUCCACUUCCUUUUAGAGAGCUGAAUCUGAUGAAGGACCAGAAACUGAGUCUAAUGGAGCUCCUUCAUGUCUGUUUUAAGGAAACAAAAGAAACAGAAAUGUCCAGGUUGGGAAAGGUUCUGUUUGUUUUUGAUGGAUUGGACGAGUGUCGUUUCCCUCUGGAUUUCCAGAACACAGUGAGUGUGUGUGAUGUAACUGAAUCAGCAGCUGUGCAUGUGCUACUGAUAAACCUGAUCAAAGGGAAUCUGCUUCCCUCUGCUCUCAUCUGGAUCACCUCCCGACCAGCUGCAGCUGAUCAAAUCCCCUCUGAGUACGUCCACCGAGUCACAGAGGUACGAGGGUUCAGUGACCCAAAGAAGGAGGAGUACUUCAGAAAGAGGAUCAGUGAUCAGAGCCUGGCUGAGAACAUCCUCACACACCUGAAGUCAUUAAGAAGCUUCUACAUCAUGUGCCACAUCCCAGUCUUCUGCUGGAUUUCAGCCACUGUUCUAGAGAGAAUGUUGGGUGAAGCAGAGAGUGGAGAGAUCCCCAAGACUCUGACUCAAAUGUACACACACUUCCUCAUCAUUCAGACAAACAUCAUCAGAGAAAAGUACUCAAAGAAGCAGGAGAGUGAUGAAGAAAUGCUUCUCAAACUGGGAAAACUGGCUUUUCAGCAGCUGAAGAAAGGCAACCUGAUCUUCUAUGAGGAAGACCUGAGAGAGUGUGGCAUUGAUGUGACAGAAGCAGCAGUGUACUCAGGUGUGUGUACGCAGAUCUUCAGAGAGGAGGUUGGGCUUCACCAGAGUAAAGUCUACUGCUUUGUUCAUCUGAGCGUUCAGGAGCAUCUGGCAGCUCUGUAUGUGCAUCUGACCUUCAUGAAGGAAAAGAGAAAUGUUCUUGAUCAGAGUCGGUCCGUUCAGACAGUUUCAGAUGUACACAGGAGUGCUGUAGAUCAGGCCUUAAAAAGUCAGACUGGACAUCUGGAUCUGUUCCUCCGCUUUCUUCUGGGUCUCUCACUGGAGUCCAAUCAGAAACUCUUACAUGCCAUGGUAACACAGACAGGAAGUAGCUCCCAGAGCAAACAAGAAACAGUUCAGUGCAUUAAGGAGAAGAUCAAUGAAAAGCUUCCUGCAGAAAAAUCCAUCAAUCUGUUCCACUGCCUGAAUGAGCUGGGUGACAGUUCUCUCGUGGAGGAACUCCAGCGCUACCUGAAAUCUGGAAAACAAAGUGAACUCUCUCCUUCCCAGUGGUCUGCUCUGGUGUUUGUGUUACUGACUUCAGCACAGGAGCUGGAGGAGUUUGACCUGAGUAAAUAUACCAGUACAGAGAAGAUACCAGAGUGGGUUCUUGUGCAGGUGAUGCCUGUGAUUGCAGCAUCGAGAAAAGCAAUUAUCAGUUGUGAUGCAAUUAAAUGGAGAAGUGGAACAGCUCUGAUCUCAGUGCUCAACUCAGAAACCUCCAGUCUGAGAGAACUGCAUCUGACUGUGAGUACACUGGAUCUGUCUGGGAAUAAACUAGGAGACUCCGGAGUAACGCGUCUCUGUGCUGUACUGGAGAAUCCUCACUGUAAAGUGAAGAUACUGAGCUUGCGGAAAUGUCAUGUCUCAGGUGAAGGCUGUGCUGCUCUGUGUUCAGCUCUGAGAUCAAAUCCCUCACACCUGAGCAAACUAGAUCUGGCCUUUAAUAAACUCGGAGACUCAGGAGUGAAGUGUCUCUCUGCUGUACUGGAGAAUCCUCACUGUAAACUGGAGACACUGAGGUUGUGUAAUUGUGGUGUCUCAGAUGAAGGUUGUGCUGCUCUGAGUUCAGCUCUGAGAUCAAACCCCUCACACCUGAGAGAACUGGAUCUGUCCGGUAAUAAACUCAGAGACUCAGGAGUGAAGUGUCUCUCUGCUGUACUGGAGAAUCCUGACUGUAAACUGGAGAAACUGAGGUUGUGUAAUUGUGGUGUCUCAGAUGAAGGCUGUGCUGCUCUGAGUUCAGCUCUGAGAUCAAACCCCUCACACCUGAGACAACUGGAUCUGGCCUUUAAUAAACUCGGAGACUCAGGAGUGAAGUGUCUCUGUGCUGUACUGGAGAAUCCUGACUGUAAAUUGGAGACACUGAGGUUGGGUGAUUGUGGUGUGUCAGAUGAAGGCUGUGCUGCUCUCGCUUCAGCUCUGAGAUCAAACCCCUCACACCUGAGAGAACUGGAUCUGUGUAAGAAUAAAAUAGGAUCCUCAGGAAGGAAGCUGCUCUCUGCUCUUAAGGAUGAUAAACAUUACAAACUUGAGACACUCAGGUUGUGUAAUUGUGGUGUCUCAGAUGAAGGUUGUGCUGCUCUGAGUUCAGCUCUGAGAUCAAACCCCUCACACCUGAGAGAACUGGAUCUGGCCUUUAAUAAACUCAGAGACUCAGGAGUGAAGUGUCUCUCUGCUGUACUGGAGAAUCCUGACUGUAAACUGGAGAAACUGAGGUUGCGGGAAUGUCGUGUCUCAGGUGAAGGUUGUGCUGCUCUGAGUUCAGCUCUGAGAUCAAACCCCUCACACCUGAGAGAACUGGAUCUGGCUUGGAAUAAACUCGGAGACUCAGGAGUGAAGCGUCUCUGUGCUGUACUGGAGAAUCCGACUAAACUGGAGAUACUGGGGUUGUGUGAUUGUGGUGUGUUAUAUGAAGGUUGUGCUGCUCUCGCUUCAGCUCUGAGAUCAAACCCCUCUCACCUGAGAGAACUGGAUCUGUGUAAGAAUAAAAUAGGAUCCUCAGGAAGGAAGCUGCUCUCUGCUCUUAAGGAUGAUAAACAUUACAAACUUGAGACACUCAGGUAA